AGGUGGGGCCCGAGUUCCGCGUCGUCGCGCAGCGCUGACUCUGGGAGGCGUUUGGGCCCUGAGAAGUGGAUCCGCUGCUUUCGCCGCAUGGAAUCCGAAUCGGAAAGCGGGGCUGCCGCUGACACCCCCCCACUGGAGACCCUAAGCUUCCAUGGUGAUGAAGAGAUUAUCGAGGUGGUAGAACUGGAUCCCGGUCCGCCGGACCCGGAUGAUCUAGCCCAGGAGAUGGAAGAUGUGGACUUUGAGGAAGAGGAGGAAGAGGAAGAGGGCAACGAGGAGGGCUGGGUUCUGGAACCCCAGGAAGGGGUGGUUGGCAGCAUGGAGGGCCCAGACGACAGCGAGGUCACCUUUGCACUGCACUCAGCAUCUGUGUUUUGUGUGAGCCUGGACCCCAAGACCAACACAUUGGCGGUGACAGGGGGUGAAGAUGACAAAGCCUUCGUGUGGAGGCUCAGCGAUGGGGAGCUGCUCUUUGAGUGUGCAGGCCAUAAGGACUCUGUGACUUGUGCGGGUUUCAGCCAUGACUCUACCCUAGUGGCCACAGGGGACAUGAGUGGCCUCUUGAAAGUGUGGCAGGUGGACACCAAGGAGGAGGUCUGGUCCUUUGAAGCAGGAGACCUGGAGUGGAUGGAGUGGCACCCUCGGGCACCUAUCCUACUGGCGGGCACUGCUGAUGGCAACACAUGGAUGUGGAAGGUCCCCAAUGGUGACUGCAAGACCUUCCAGGGUCCCAACUGCCCAGCCACCUGUGGCCGAGUCCUCCCUGAUGGAAAGAGAGCUGUGGUCGGCUAUGAAGAUGGCACCAUCAGGAUUUGGGACCUGAAGCAGGGAAACCCUAUCCAUGUACUAAAAGGGACUGAGGGUCACCAGGGCCCUCUGACCUGUGUCGCCACCAACCAGGAUGGCAGCCUGAUCCUAACUGGCUCUGUGGAUUGCCAGGCCAAGUUGGUCAGUGCCACCACCGGCAAGGUGGUGGGUGUUUUCAGGCCUGAGUCUGUGGCCUCCCAGCCCAACCUGGGAGAAGGGGAGGAGAGCGAGUCCAACUCAGUGGAAUCCUUGGGCUUCUGCAGUGUGAUGCCUCUGGCAGCUGUUGGCUACCUGGAUGGGACCUUGGCCAUCUAUGACCUGUCUACGCAGACCCUCAGGCACCAAUGUCAGCACCAGUCAGGCAUCGUGCAGCUGCUGUGGGAGGCGGGCACCGCCGUGGUUUACACUUGCAGUCUGGAUGGCAUCGUGCGCCUCUGGGACGCUCGGACUGGCCGCCUGCUGACUGACUACCGGGGCCACACGGCCGAGAUCCUGGACUUUGCCCUCAGCAAAGAUGCCUCCCUGGUGGUGACCACAUCAGGAGACCACAAAGCAAAAGUAUUUUGUGUCCAGAGACCUGACCGCUAGUGGCUGCAGCCUCUGCUUUGUGUCUGGUGUUGAGGAGGUGAAGGGAGACCCCUCACCAGCAGAGGCAGGAGGGUAUGAAGGAAGAGGAUGGGAGGGGCCUUGGACUACUUUCCAACCCCUUCACACUGACUUGCCCCCCUGUCCCUUUCUUCUCUUAAGAGACCCACCCUUCACCCCUCAGGCCCCUCCUCCUCCCCCAGACCUGGGGGAUCUCUCAGAGGGAGGUUCAGACCUCUUUCUUUUUUGCUUUCAUUUGUGGGUGUGAGUCAUGGGGUGCCUAUUUGUAUGUGGGGAGUAGGUGUUUGAGGUGCCUGUUCUUUCCCUUCCCAAGUCUCUGGGGGUGGAAAGGAGGAAGAGAGAGAUUAGUUACAGAUUUUAAAAAUGUAAAUAAAAUAUACUUCCCAGA